CGCGGCACUUCCGGCGGGCGGCGUGAGGGGGCCGCGGCGGCGGCGGGCGGGCGGCGCCAUGGGCAUCCUGGAGAAGAUCUCGGAGAUCGAGAAGGAGAUCGCCCGCACCCAGAAAAACAAGGCUACCGAGUACCACCUCGGCCUCCUGAAGGCAAAGCUCGCGAAGUACAGAGCCCAGUUGCUGGAACCUUCCAAAUCCUCUGCCGCAAAAGGAGAAGGCUUCGAUGUGAUGAAAUCUGGAGAUGCCCGGGUGGCGCUGAUUGGGUUUCCUUCCGUGGGUAAGUCCACCUUCCUGAGCUUAAUGACCUCAACUGCCAGCGAAGCCGCCUCCUACGAGUUCACAACCCUGACGUGCAUCCCGGGAGUCAUAGAAUACAAAGGAGCCAACAUCCAGCUGUUGGAUCUGCCUGGGAUCAUCGAGGGAGCAGCACAAGGGAAGGGCAGAGGCCGGCAGGUGAUAGCUGUGGCCCGGACAGCAGACGUUGUUAUUAUGAUGCUGGAUGCCACAAAGGGUGAAGUACAGCGGGCCCUGCUGGAGAAAGAACUGGAAUCCGUAGGAAUCCGGCUGAACAAAAGCAAACCAAAUAUCUACUUCAAGCCGAAGAAGGGGGGAGGCAUCUCCUUCAACUCCACCGUCACGUUGACUCAGUGCUCCGAGAAGCUGGUGCAGCUCAUCCUCCACGAAUACAAAAUCUUCAACGCCGAGGUCCUUUUCAGAGAGGAUUGCUCCCCUGAUGAGUUCAUCGACGUGAUUGUAGGCAACAGGGUCUACAUGCCGUGCCUCUACGUGUAUAACAAGAUUGACCAGAUAUCCAUGGAGGAAGUGGAUCGUCUUGCUCGGCGACCCCACAGCGUUGUCAUCAGCUGCGGCAUGAAAUUGAACCUGGACUACUUGCUGGAGAAGCUCUGGGAAUACCUGGCACUUACCUGCAUCUACACCAAGAAACGAGGACAGAGACCAGACUUCACAGAUGCCAUUAUUCUACGGAAAGGGGCUUCUGUGGAGCACGUGUGCCACCGAAUUCACAGAUCGUUAGCCAGCCAGUUCAAAUACGCCUUGGUGUGGGGGACAAGCACAAAAUACAGCCCUCAAAGAGUGGGCUUGACCCACAUGAUGGAACACGAAGACGUCAUUCAGAUCGUAAAGAAGUAGCGCUCUUUGCUGGUGCCUGGCCUUGCCUUUAAUCACUAGAAUUGGAACUGACCACAUAAAAGCAAAGCAAAACAAAACAUAAAAAGAAAUAAAAUGAAAAAAAGAAAAAGGGAGGACGCGUACCACAGCUGAGAAAGCAAGAAAGAAAGCUUCCGUGAAGCUCCUUCCCUUGGAGAAAGGCAUAAAAUGAGGCUGCUGGACUCCCAGGUGGGGAUGGGGAAGAUGGGUUUCCAUCUUGCAGAGUUUCAGGUGAGGUAAUAUUUCUUAAAAAUAAUAAUAAAAAAAAGGAGCCAAGUCUUCCAGGACGCAGUUCCUGGAGCUGGCAAUGUCCUGCCCCUAGCAGGGUUUGCACAAGUCUGUGUCAGCCUACCUGUGGCUCGCUCCACCAGUGGGAAGUUGAUGGAUUUGUGUGAACAAGUCUGGCCCUGUGCUUUGGGACAAGGAAGCCAGAGCUGGGAGAACAUUGCUGAUGCUUUGCUGCUUGUCCGUUCACUUAAUUUAAGCAUUGAUCUGAAACAGAAAAUGAAGUUCUUCCUCUCCUGCUCACCGGACGCGUCUCUACAGCUUUGAUGGUCGGAGACUUCAGUCUCUGUGUCUGAGACAAGAAUUUGCGAUGGUCCCUCCUCAGUUACGUUAAGACGUGGCACCCCGUGCCUCCCGGUAGCCCUGCAGCGGGGUUUGUAGGACGUCCUGGUCCAGCUGGUACUGAGAAGUGAAACCUUGUUACCGAACAGUGAGCUGAACUGCAGCAGGGUACGAUCGAAGAGCCGUAGGCUGCAGUUGAGGAUUCACUUCGGGCAUGUCGCUGGGGCAAGGAGUUGUCUCGGGAGUUCCCUCCUUCGCCCUCGUCCUGCCCUUCAGUCCCUGAGAGGAUCGCUGGGGUUCCGCUUCUCGUGCGUGCCCCUAAAUUCCAGUCACAGCUCGUUGAGCUCAGUACCAUCCCCUGCCAUGGGCUUUACCCCAGCCCUGUUCAGCAGCAUUGCUUGUUUGGAUAUUUUUCAUCAGAAAUCUGGGAUUUUUCUAAUCAUGCUUUUUCAUUAAAUAUUGACGCUAAAAAAAAAUUCAGAGUGCCUGACAGAGAGCAGCUCUUUCCUUCUGGGAUCAAGAGUUUGCCGAUAGCUUUUAUUUCCUUUCAUGGAAAAAGGGUUCGGUCUGAUGCGGAUUGCUAACUGCGAGGACAGGUCUGACAGAAAACUUGUCUGAGCAGGGCUCCUUCCCUCUUCUGUGCUCCUCCCCACCCCUCACAAACUGAUCGAGCAGAAAUGGAAGGAAUAUUUUAUUGGAAAGAAAUAAAAAUUGCUAUUUCACGUGAA